AUGGAUAAAAGACGUUCCUUCGCCACACAUCAGGAUCAUUCUCGUCCAGAUCGAUCCCGGUCUCCUCAUCGGAAUUCACAUCCUUGGGAGAAAAGCAGCGAACCAAAGUCGGUGCUGUACUCCUCGGAAGUUCAGUUCCAUAGACGAAGUCCAAACAAAUACACACAGCAACCUCGCUCGAUAUCGAAGCCUUCCUCUUCGAUGUCAGCUUCAGAUUCCUGUACUUUCAAGCCCUCAAAAAUACCUCUGAAAGAACGAUCACAGACAAAUCGCACCCGUACGACCAGUUAUCCGCAGUCAAUCGAUACAGAUGCUUCUGCUCAAAGACUUGUUGAAAGGCUACAGAAAUGGAACAGCAUGCACAGCCCCUCGAAGUUUAUGGCAGGGAUGAUGUCCAAAGAUGGGAUACAUGAGCUACCCGACGAAACGACGCCGAAACGACGAUCUCGCGGGCCGUGGUUUGUGGAAUAUUUCACCAAGUCACCAGAAAAGCCCGAAGAGAGAUCCAAAAAAGAGACGCAUCCGUCCAGAAAAAAUAUCAUAAAGAUAGAGAAGGAAAAUCGUCGUACAGAUGACUAUCUUACCAGAAAAAUCACGUCUGAAAGGACACCUUCUCCUAAAGGUCAUUCGAGGUUAGAUGGACCGUUGAGCGGUGUUAGCAGUGUUGUUGAGACGGAUAAGUAUGGUUACGCGAUUCCGUCCAUUGAAAGGAGCGGUCGAGUAACACCUGUGAAUAGGAAGCUUGAGCCAACAAACUUCAUAACACCCUGCGCUGACAAUAGCCCUAAUGAAGCGUUUUUCACACCAAUGACACAUAUCAGGCCAAGAGAAAGACAAGAGAGCAAUGUUGCUUCUCAUUCACAGCCAAGUCUAGAUUUAACGUUCACACAACAGAAACCGCAAUUUUCGCUGAUAAACACGAAUCGGGAACCAUCAGUCCCGUUGUUCGAGCGCGAUCCUUUGAUAAAAGAAAGAAUAGAGAACCAGUUGGCAGAGUAUGAAAGAGCAUCCAGCAAAUUGGACAUGGCUCUACAGGAAGCAAGUGAAGUGCUAAGCCGUCCCAUAAAGUUAGGCCUUCCGCCAUUAAACAGGAGUUCUAACUUGCCUGCAUUCGGUGACGAGCGACAAACAAUUGACUCUGGACAGCUAGAGAAGUUACGGUAUAAGGAGAAUGUUGAAAGUUCGCCCCGUUGUUCAUUACCAUUAAAAACGUCUGAGAGUACGGAGAGCACGAGAUUAUCUCGAACCUUCCUAGUUACUCAUGAUAAAGAAUCAGAUCUUCAUGGAGCGUAUGCCGUAUCGCCAGUUCGAGAGAAAAAACCGAACAAUGAGCCUCCACGUUCCGAUAUUUCUUUGCCGAAGGCAUUAGGUGCCAGCAUGGCAGCUGAAUUGGCGUACGCCGAAAAAACCAGACAUAUUCAAAGUCAUCUGAAAGCAACUCAUGAUCUUGCUAACGAUGUGCGUCGAAGGUCAGCGUACCAUGCUCAGGUAAAUAAUGACGAUGACAUUGACAGGAUUUUGGAUUCAAUCUCUCUGCGUGAAGAGUCGCUUAUGACCUAUGAUCAAUCCAGAGAUGAAAGUAUAAUGAACGGAUCGGUGAUGCAAACAAAAUCGAGCAUCCACCAUCAGUAUUCAAAUGUUGCGAUUCCACUUGAGAAAAAAGUGUUUGUUUUAAAUGAGGAGGAGCGUCGAGAACGAAAGAAGAAAGUAGAGGAGUACAUUGAAAUGUGCAAUGUCCUGCGUUAUUUCAAACAAGCUGUGUACAAACUUAAAAGAAAAUGCACAACAACUCCCGUGCAGUUGAGAAAAAUUGAUGAGUUAUCGAAAGCUGCCGACCUCGACUAUAGUGAAGCCGCGAUGCGAGCGAAAUCUUGGUUGAAUAAAAAGAUCACACAGGGCGAGUUUCUGCUGUUGGUGAAGCAACAUAAGAAGAAAGUUUAUGAUGAGAGCGAGGAUUGCGCUAAUACAAUUAAACAACUCAUUGCACAAUCUUCAUCAAGUACAGGAACAACUAGUGGCACGCAGACACCGAGUCUAAACCCGCCAUCGAUCAGUGAGAAAGAGAUAUCACCAGUACGAAUUGAUACUAAGGGGUUGAACGAGAGCGUGGAAUGCGACAUAUUUAAUCUAAGUGCAAGAUCACUACGUCGCAGUCUGGAUGCCCGUCGAGAAGAGGCUGAAAUGCUCAAUAGAAGUUUCGAAGAAAGGUCAAGAGACAUUGAACAAAGGACGAAGGUGUCGAUAGCUGCACAGAUAGUUCAGUAUGAUCGUGUUAUUGCUGAAAGGACAACUUUACUUAAUAAAUUGGACGAAAUUUCUUCAGAAGAAAGUCACGAACCACCAAGAACGACAACACCUCGUCGAGCAGGAGUUGAACCACUUGACUUAAGCAAGUUAUCUUCAGAAGAAGUUGUCCCGCUUAAAGAGGCAAAUAAUGCUUUGCCGUUGCCUGUUGCAGGAGACCCGAAGAAUUACGCCGGUCAAGAUCAAACUGAUGUAGGUAUUAGUCGGGCUUACUCACAGUCCACUAUUUAUGAAGAUUCAUUGUCUCAUUUUGAUGAAGAGGAGGAUAGUAGACCAGACUCUGUCAGCUCGGAAGCGACUCUAUACCAGUCGGAUCUAGAGGACAAGCUACUCAGCGAUGUCGAAAAAGUGCAAACGGAUGUCCAUCCAUCUCGUCGUACUUUGGAUACAGCCGAGACACUUACCAUGUUGUCACGACAAGUGGUCACCAUUGUUAGUGACAAAAGUUCACACGAUGAGGUGGAUCAAAUGUUGGUGAAAAUUGUUGAGGAGGCUUCCGAACAUCACCACGAGCAUGCAAUUGAGGUCCGUCAUGUCGUCAGCAAGAGUUCAGAACACAAUCUGUCAGUGGGAGAAUUGAAGCCGUCCACGUUCUCUUGUGGCGAUCACGCUUCACCUCAAAUGCAAGGAAUUCAUGUGGAUGGAAUUGGUCAUACUAAAGAGGAAAGAUCCAAGAAGAUCCAGAACGAAGCCGGAGACAUUACAGGAAGUCCGCAUGAAAGCGCCAGAGUGGAGGUAUCAAUGACAAACUCCCAGAAGACUGAGAGUGGGGCCGAAGUGCGUCUUCCCGACAAAAAUGCUGCACGCUCCGAUGAAAGAGUUGGUCCUGUUACGAUAGAAACUUUAGAGUUAACUGCGAGAUCUCCAUUAGUUCGUAUGGUAAAAGAUAUUUCUCGUUCGAAGUUGAUUUCUGAAACCUCCGAAGAAGAUGUCAGCAUCCAGGAAAGUGAAGAGAAUGAGGAGGAAAAGUUGUCGAGAGAAAAGAUCACAUCUGCGUCAGAACCCGUAAUUGCAUCUACUUUUGCGGAAGCAACACAGGAACAGGUUACAAGGGUUAUCUCUCCCAAGGAAGUUGAAGACGAAAACCUCGCCGCAGGCAUAUCUGUCGAGGAACUCGAAAAAGAAAAAGAAUACGGAAAGCUCUUAGAAGAAGAUUUCUAUAAAAGCACCGAUUUCGAAAGCACACAAUGGGAAAACACCGGCCCAACCUCAUCACCUAUUCAGAAAACGAGGGAAGAACCUAUGGUAGGGCAGGAUAGCCCAUUGUCUGCUGAAGAGUUGAAUUUGCAAAAAGAAUUCGCAGAAAAUAUAACUGCGCCAAUUGACGACUCCAACUGGCUGUCAGAUGACGAGCCGUUAUCGUCGGUAGAACCGGAAGAGAAACAAGACAAUCAUGAAACAGGGACUAUAGUGGAGCCAGUUAUUAGUACAGGAGAACAUGAAGAAUCAAUUAUUAAGACCGAAGAAUCUAAAGAUGAUACUAAUGUCUUUAAAACAGAAGGUCCUGUGGAAGGUCCCGCAGAGUUUACAAAUUCCGACAAUGGGACAACACGAGCUGAGGUUGCUUCGAUAUCAGCAGUUACAGAAGGUGGAGAUGUUCUUUCCGAUUCAAUUCCUGAGGAUAUUCAGGUGGACAGCGAGAAAACGAAACAAACAACAGCUGAAGAAGAAUCCGCAGUAGUUUCGUCUGGCGUGGAAGACAAAUCUGAAUGCAAAAGAGAAAAGGAUCCUUAUGAACUCUCGUUCCUGGAUCGCACGACAGACGGUCGGGCCAGCUUGGGUCUUAAUAGAAGUGAACUAGUUGAUAGCUUGUCCACAUCUAUUAUGCAAUCGAUUGGGAAUUCUCCUCGUCGGUCACUACCACGUUCAUAUAAUUUGAAUGAAUCAUUAUUCGAAGAUUCCAUUGUUUUAUCAACUCCAAAAUCACCACGUUCAGCCAGAGAGCGUUUCAACACAAAGAUGCCUACGGCGGUUUCACCUCGCACGCAAAUGAUUUUAGAUCAAGGACUGGAUACGAGUGUUUCAAAACCGUUAAUAAGUGAAGCACAAGUGACAACUGCUCUAUGCGAUGAUGUGCUCAGUGAGCUCGAUAAGGAAGUAGAGAAGUUGUCAGCACGGAUUGAACGACGUUCGACGACAUCGACUGCUCAACCGCUUUCUCAAGAUUUAGCACAACUGGAUGAUACAUAUGAAGAUCUGCUAUCGAUAGAAAAGCCAUCUUCACAAUUACACCCAGUACUUUCAACAGUGGAGUCAAAUGUUGAAACACUUCUUCCACAUGUUGCGGAUACUCCUAGAAAACCGCCACCACCACAAGUCUCUCCACCGUCAGCUGAAGAGAUCAAACAGAAGCGAAUGGAAGAGCUCAGAGAACGAGUUUAUGCAAAAGACUGGAUACGAAAAAAGUGCGUCCAACUCCUGAAUGAUGUAUGGAUCAAAAAAAUUAGCCAAGGCUUCGUCCGCCCACUUCUGGAUGAGUUUGUCUCUCCACCGAAGACUGCAGAUGACAUCGUACCUGAAGAAGAGGAUGAACGAUUUUUAGUUGAGAACAGGACGUUCAUGAUCUGGGCAAAUUUGAUUGAAAUCGCCUCGAAACUGUGGCCUGAGAGGUCUGAAGAGAGAAGACAACUAAGUUCUAAACUGCUCCCAAUUCCGAAGACCAAGGAACAGUUUGCUGAGAAAGCAAUAGAAUACACAUUGGAACAGCUUGAUGAAUUGCCGCUUUCGCAUCGGUACAAUCACGUGAGCCGCCCACCACCUCCUCCCUACGCGGAUACAUCUGUAGAUCGUGCGGUGGCGAGGCGUUUCUACAAAGAGGGUCCCAGCAGUUUUGCCAAGAAGGUCAAUAACGAAUACCGUCAACUGUGCGAAGAACUCAUUGAUCUAGUUGGUGAUCGUUUCGUCACUGCUGAACUUAUGCAACAUUGCCUUGUCUCCACCUUGGACGAAUCGACAUCGUCACCACCGUCGGCAAUGUCAUCCAGCCAAUUGAGCGGGGAAUUAGGGCGCCCAUCAUUGGCUAGACUGUCAGUGGGAAGCGGUUUGUCAAUUGGUCGAUGCUCAUGGGAUAAUAGUGGUUCGCCACUUCGUGUUGUUCACGAGGGAAAAGAAUCAUAA